CAGAAAUAUGGGAAUUUUCACAAUGCUCUCUAGGCCACUUUGCCUCAUUUUCCUCUUCCUCUGCCUUAAAACUACCUUCGCAUCCUCUUUACAUGCUUCUUCCUUCUCAACAACACACCUCUGCUCUCAUGAGGAGGCUGCUGCUUUGUUGCAAUUCAAGACAUCCUUUUCCAUCAAUUACACUGUUUGUUAUACUGAAGCUAAUUAUUCUAAGAUUGAGUCUUGGAAGGAAGGUAUAGACUGCUGCUCCUGGGAUGGGAUUAGCUGUGAUCAUGUCACAGGUCAUGUAAUUGCCCUUGAUCUCAGCUACGAUUGCCUUUCUGGCACCUUUCCUUCGAACAGCACUCUUUUUCUCCUCAAAAACCUAGAGAGCCUCAAUCUUGCCUCCAAUGAUUUUAGGCUUUCCAAGAUUCCACCAGAAAUCAGUAAGUUUACUAGACUAAAUUUUCUGGCCCCAUUCCAGCUUCCGUAGGCAUUUGACUUUCUGAGAACUUUGAGAAACGAACCAUUCUUGCAGCUUUUCCAUUCUCUAUAUGUAUAUCCUUUAACUGUGAGCUUGAGUCAGAAAAGGAAUCUAUUCGUAAGAGUUGAGCUAAGAAAGGAUGAUGCAGAUGUUCAUAGGCAACCUUUAGAGGCAAUGUAUCCAGGGGAACCUGGUUUAUCACUUCAGAAGUGAGCUCACACGCAAGUUGCUGUUGGUGCUCGGGUGGCCUGCUACCAUGAUGAAAUUAAAGUUUCUUCCUGCUGUUUGGACACAAUUGCAUCACCUUCUAUUCACUUUCUUCCAUGUUGAUCUUCAAAUGAAACUAGAAGCUCCAAAACCAGUGAGUUCAAUGAGAUCCUUUUUUCUUUUCCUUACAUUUGAAAUAAUACAAAAUCAUCUGAACCUCGUCUUAGUGGUUGUAUACUCGUUGGUUAGUGGUUUGGCCUGUUUUGCACUCCUCUCAUUCUAUCU